AUGUCGCGGCAACUCACUCUGGACGGCGAUGAGAGACGCGAGCUUCUGGAACGCGGCGAACAGCACGCGAAGAAGUUCUGGCAAGGCUUCUUGGAUUUCGCCUUUUCAGGAAACGUCCUGGAAGUUGCAUUCGGUUUGAUCCUCGCAUCCGCAUUCACGUCGCUCACGAACUCCCUCGUGAGCGACAUUCUGCUUCCCCCGCUGUCUGUCAUCCUGCCCUUGAACCGCAACUUGGACGAGAAAUUCGCCGUCCUCCAAGCUGGGCCAAACUAUGACGAUCUCAACGGCUACACGACGCUCGACCAAGCGGUGACGGAUGGCGCUGUCGUCUUAGCAUAUGGGGUCUUCUUGAACAAAUGUGUCAACUUCCUUGGUCUGGGAAUUGCGCUAUAUAUAAUGGCACUGAUGUACCAGCGUUACUCCCAUGAGCCCAUCAUCAAGCAUCAGGUCAAGUGUCGGUAUUGCAGGAAGAAGAUCAAUGAGAAGUCCCAGAGAUGCAUAUUUUGCACAAGCUGGCAAGAUGGUCGCGAAGAGAUGAUACGUUGA